AUGGACAAUGUGGAGAAUCAACCCUCUGUCACAAAAAAUAAAUCUGGACAAUAUAUUGGACAAGGACAACGAAAAAUACUUUUUGAUGUCGUAAAGAAACAUAUCACUACAGGAAAAUCAAAAAGUUCUAGUGUAAAACUUACAUCAGAGGAAACUGGUAUUUCUAAAGGUACCAUUUGGGCAACCAUUAAACAAAUAGAACAAGAGGGAAAGGCUACGUCCCCAUCAAAAAAAAGAAAACGGUCAAGUCAAUACGAAAAAUUGAAUGAGGAACAAAAAAUGCACCUUGGGAAAAUUGUUCAUAACUUUUUUAUGAAAAAUGAAACCCCAAAUUUAAGUAAAAUUCAUCAAGUGGUAAAGGAUGAUGAUAACUUACCACCCAUUUCUCGAACAAAUUUGUGGAGAAUUUUAAAAAAACUAGAGAUUGAGUGUGAAAAAAAAGAGUUGCUUUGCACAAUGGAGCAAAUAAUUGUUAAAAAGGAACCUAAAGAACCCAAAGGUUAUACUUCAACGAAUUACGAUAAACCAAGACGAACCUCUUUUGACCAAGAAAUGCCUUCAACAUCUGGGAUAGCAAUAAAACAGGAAUCAAACAAAGAAUCUUAUACUUCAAUGAAUUACGAUAAACCAAGACCAACCUCUUUUGAACAAGAAAUGCCUUUAUCAUCUAGGAUAGCAAUCAAACAGGAAAUCAAAGAAGCAUUGGAAAAUAAUGACUUUAUAGACUACAAUGAAUCAAGGGUGAAACAAGAAUCAGAAACGUCCAAAGAUAAAAAAGGCAAUUUUGAUGGAGCCCAACAAGUCAAACUGAAAUUUACAGCUAAAGAAGAAAUGUUUCUUGAAAAAGGGUAAGCAGCAGGAAAAGUAUAAUUUAA